AUGCGCUUAGCAGUCGCACUUGGGCUUACAUUUUCCUAUCUCGUAUCUACAGCCAGCGUCUCUGAUAAUACUGGCGAUAAAACUAGCAGUGGAAUCUUGGCUGUAUCGUCACCAGCAUGGCUUGCAGAAUUCCUUGGACCAAGCGAGAGUGCCAAUGGUCACAUGUUCAACGUCGAAGAUAGUAUCAAAACAUCAUUACUCGACACGGUGAAUGGUCUUGAUCUUUCUCGUUAUCCUCAACCUUCCAAAAGACCGCCUGUGGAUGAUCCAGAAGUGAAGGCUGUGCUUGAUCAGCUCGAUUGGUCCAAAGUACCCAAGAUCUCAAAACGACGGCUUGUGGGUGAGGGUGAACUUGAUAUGGAGAGCUAUGAUACAAAGAUGGAUCCCGAUUGUUGGUGGUCGAGUACGACAUGCAAGGAACCAAAACUAGAUUAUAUACCUGAAGAUAUCAGCUUUUGUCCACGAGCAGGAGAUUGGGGAUUGAAUUACGAUGAUGGGCCUUUCCGUGUGUGGAGCAAGGAUGCCGCAGAGCAAAAAUGGCAAGAGCCUCGUUUAUACAAUUACUUGGCAGAACAAAACAACCAAAAAGCAACUCUAUUUUAUAUUGGCUCAAAUGUCAUCUCGUUUCCAGAAGCAGCUCAACGUGCACUCAAAGAUGGUCAUACAAUUUGCUCACAUACAUGGUCACAUCCACUGAUGACAACACUUACCAAUGAGGAAGUCGUAUCAGAAUUGUAUUGGACACAAAAGGCCAUCAAGGAAGUCUUGGGAAUUACGCCAAAGUGCUGGAGGCCACCCUUUGGAGAUGUGGAUGAUCGUGUUAGAGCCAUUGCAUGGUUGAUGGGUAUGCGUACUAUUAUUUGGGACCGGGAUACAAAUGAUUGGGGAUUGGCCAGCCAAAGCAUCAAUGCCACUGAAGUAGAUGGAUACUAUAAGGAAUGGCUUGAUUCUCGUAUCGAUAACGAAGACAAUGAACAUGGUCAUAUCACGUUGCAGCAUGAAUCCAGCCGAGAAACGGUCGAAAUGGUUGAAAAGUGGUUACCCAAGCUUCAGGAACAGUUUAAUGUCAUGCCCAUUCAUCAAUGUUUGAACGAUCCAUAUCCUUAUUGGGAAGAAAACUGGGUGUAUCCUACCAUCGACAAUCCUAGUCCUGGAAAAGAUCAAUUGCAAGCAGCUUCAGCUGAUAAGCAUCCACAAGGCGAUGGAUCUUCAUCAUCAUCAGAACACGAGGGUCAUGCGAGUGACCAUCAUGAAGAGCAAUUCUCCCCAUCCACCGCAAAUCGAUAUACACCCACCACCAGCAUUGCAUUGUUGUUCUUUGUUGCUAGUUUGCUUACUAUCUUUUAA